UUGUCGACUAGAGAUCCCUUGUCAUGGAAAUUGGCUCUUCUGCUGCUUGCCGCCGCUGGAAUUCCGCUCCGCUCCCAUGGCUGAUAACACCCCCCUCCCCCUUCAGGGGCUUGUUGGGUUUUCCUAUUCUUGGGAGGCGUUCGUUACCGGUCUCGUUUGACAGACACGCGACCUCCACCAUGGUCCAUGACUGAAUUUGCAGGUUGCGUAUGUCUUUUCGUCCGUCUCCGCACCUUAGAUAAGGAAUACGUUACCAUCCACCACCGUCGGUCGAGCUUAGCUGGCUGGCAGGCAGAUCACAGAUGUACGAAUACAGCUGUACACAAAGGCGGUGGAUGGGUAAGACAGAAAACUGUUGGCCGAAUCCCAAUCGUCUUUCCCCCACGCUUCCCACGCUUACAACGGGGUGUCGGCGUCCAAGAGAUGCCGCCGCCAUACUCAGUGUGCCCUAGAUCAAAGAUUAAAAUUCUCGACAACCCGACUUCAAUUUCAAUGGUCGGUGGCAUGCUUCUGCAGGAGGGUGGCUUCAUUGAUGAUGGGAGGGGCCGGCGCACCCGCCCUUCAAUGCGAGCUCGACAAAAUGUCUUGGCAUACAUCAUCCAAAUCCGCCAUCGCCGACCCCGUGGUCGGGCCAUCCUUUGCUCAGCGAUCUCCUAGCGAGACUGACAAGGGAAAGAGACAAAAGCUUUGUGAUGGUUGAUAAGGUCGUACUGCCUCGCUGACUUUGUCGCCUAGCAAAGCUUCUUUGGACUAAGGCAAAUAUCUCCAGCCGGGGGUUUUCCGUG